AUGACAUCUGAGAUUGAUUUACUUAGGCAAGAAAACGCCAGACUUAUGGCUGAGAAUGCUGAGUUUAAGGUCAAGUAUGAUGAGGCCAAGGAUGAGAUUACAAAGUUAAGGGCCAAGCUCAGGAAUAGAAUCGAGAAAUUAGAAAAAGCUAGAAUAAAUACUGCCAUCGAGAAUACUAGACGUGAUGUUGAAAAUGUCAAGCAUGAUGCUGAGAAUGCCGAGCUUAAGGCUAGAGUUGCAAAACUGAAAGAAGAUUCUAGGCAUCCACGAAAGGAUUCCUCUCCCAAAAAACUUGCUGACAUACCAGACUCCGUAAUAGUGAAUGAAGUGGUAUCUGUCAAUUCCAAGUCGUCAGAGGAAAAGAUGAUGGACUCUUUUCUGGAUGAAGUGAAUAAGAAAAUUGUUAGUGAUGGGAUAAGGCAGAGAAAGCGGGAUGAGAAGCUUGCAAAAGUGGAAUCCAUCUCUCCUGAAAAAGGUAAACAGGUAUCAGUCAACAAAAGGGCACUUCGUAAGGAAAAUCAGAAAAAACAAAAGGAAAAAUUCAUUCAGGAAGUGUCCGAGGGGGCGGUCACUGAAGUAACCUCAAAUGAUUCGAUACUUUCAGUAUCUUCACAAAGAGAAUUGGAUUCAAGCACCAAUUGUUCCAAUAUUAUAGAUGAGCUAGGCUCGAAUUCUUUGGAUGUUUGCCUAGAGAAAACAAUACGAAGCUGUGAUCCCUUAGCAGUAGAAAUGAGAACGCCAACCUUUUCUCUUUUAUAUGAAAAACUUUGUGAUGCCGUAAUCCUUGCUGAUCAUGCGACCUAA